UCAAUGUAAAUAUUAGCUCUAAACAAAUAAUAACGGCAAGUUCUUUGGAAGUGAUGAUUAAAAUUAGGGUUCGUGCAUUAAUUGGAGUUAUGAUUUUUCUAGGAUACUUCUUGAUUUAUUUAGUUCGUUAUAACCUAAGUGUGCAUAUAGUUGCUAUGGCUCAGAUAACAAAAAGAGAGGACAACGACGUAUAUAACGGUACCAAUAUUAAAAGGAUCUCGAAUAUCAUAUCUGGGAGUGUGUUAGACUUAAUGAACUGGGAUGACAUGAAAGUGGCAAAGUUAUUUUCAGCAUACCACAUAGGCUAUUGCAUCUGUUUCCCUAUUUUUCACACUAUUGGAGACAGGCUCGGCCCUACAUGGGUGGUGGGGAUCGCCGGGAUGACAUCAGGUGUACUAAGCUGCCUCUCGCCAGCAUCAGCGUACUAUAGCUUUUGGGCUUUAUUCUUUGUACGCAUUAUAAAAGGAUUUUGCGCUGGAGCCAUGCAACCCAGCAUGGUACAAGUAUUAAGACAUUGGGUACCACCUAUAGAGAGAAAUCAUUUUAUGUGGGCUUAUUGUGGAAUCACAACAGGAACAUUUUCCACUUUCCUUAUUUGCGCUGCGGUGCACUACUAUUCUCAAUGGCCUGUGGGUUUCUAUAUAUCCGGCGGAAUGCAAGUAAUAUGGUCAGCUUUAUGGCUCUUUGUAGUUACAGACCGUCCCGAUACACAUACAUAUAUUUCUAAUGAAGAAUUAACUUAUUUAAGUAAUACAAUUGGAACAGUGUUCACAAUUCAGUUGACAAAUUCUCAAGCGCCAUGGAAAUUGAUAUUAAAGUCUGUUCCAUUUUGGGCCCUAUGUAUCUUAAACUUCGGGUACGCUUGGAUGAUUAUAUCUUUGUGUAUUUAUGGACCAUUUUAUUAUUCAAAGAUAGUCAAGUAUAGCAUUUACAGCGCUUCAGCGUUAACAGCUUUACCAUUUUUCUGCCGGUUGGUGUUAGGUACUGUAGUGAUACAAACAUUUCACUGGUAUAAACACAACGCUAAGAUGAAAAGAAUUAAACAUAUAAGGAAAUAUUUUAUUGUUAUAUCCCACGUGAUCCCAGGAUUUCUAAUAUGUAUCUGCUGGUUACUUAGCAUAGUUCCUGGGCCUAUUUUGAUAACCAUAUCUGUUGCAUUAACUGCGGCUGGUAUGGAUCUGACUCUGGAUCUCUGUUAUGAGUUAACGCCAACAUUUGUCAAUUCAGUGAAUACAGUCAUAAAAAUAGUUGGAAAUAUGUCUGGAAUUAUUUUAUCUUUCUGUGUUGGUCACGUUACACAUAUAUAUAAAAAUAUACCUCUUACGUGGAAACAUAUCUGGUGUUUUCACGCUUUGGUCUUACUCUUGAGUGGAUUUAUUUUUCUUAUAUGGGGGGAAACCCAUACUCAACCAUGGAAUUUUCAAAGAAAUAGAACAAAACGUACUUGUGCAAGAGCUGUUCCAAAAUCUUCUAUUAUGUCUAAUAUUAUGGAAGUGGAGGAAGAUGAUUCGUUGAAUCGAACGGCGAAUCAAACUAGAAAUCAAAAUGCAUUUUUUAAUAACGUUUUAAAAUAAAAAUUUAUUGUGUUAAUCGAUCGACUUAUUUUGUACCUACAUUUUGUGUUAUAAUAGUUAUUACUAAAUGUAUUUUUGUAUGCCUUUGUAUAUUCAUACUACAUAAACAUUUAGAGUUACUACAAAUAAAGUCCCAUA